CCUUGCCUCUGUAACCACAUUUUGAGCAUAUCUGCAGGAAGGAAUGAACAUUUUCCCCAACAAGGGAAAAAGGGAUCCAUCAUAAUGCCAGCAUCAUAGGUGCCCUAUGACACAAUUGCUCUCUCCCCUCUUCUGUUCUUCCUGCCAACUUGUGGAGGAGUAUAGACUCAUGUCUAUAGACUCAUGAUGCAACCAUUUAGACCCUAACCCAUGGCGAUUUAGGGGAUCACAGGCCUGAGGGGAUUUGAGGAAUCAAUCUGCAAGUCAGGGGUCAACACUUUGAGUCAACCAGUGCCCCCCAGAAUUGGAGGCAGGGGAAGGUAGAUUUUCACAGUUAAUCAGAGAAUGGGCCCUAUGUCUAGGGAUGCUGGAAGGGUGUCCAAUUUAGAGAAACCGUAACCAAAUAUGAUGCAAAAAAUUUGAAAAAGAAAGCCAUGAAAAAGAAGGUGGCACCUGCUGACAUGGUACAGGCAAGCACAAAGAUCCAAGCCUGGUGGCGGGGCACGCUGCUGCGAAGAACACUGUUACAUGCCACCCUCAGGGCGUGGGUCAUUCAGUGCUGGUGGAGGCAGACACGAGCCAGGCAACUGGAGAAGAAGAAGUGGGAAGCACUGGAGCUCUACAAGCGGCAAAUCUGGGCAACUGUAAAGCUGCAGUCUUGCAUCCGAAUGUGGCUCGUCCGCCAGCGAUACUGUGAUAUGCUCAAUGCGGUCCGAAAUAUGCAGAACUGUUGGCAUGGUCAUAUUUGCCAAUUCCAUGACACUUUUCAGGGCAGCUAUGAGCUCACAGGAAGCCACCUACAACUUCAGCUUGAUAUCUUCCUAGGAUCUCAAGUUUGUCGCAUUACAGACUGCAUCCCUUUUCCAAUAAAGAACUGACCAGGUCUGCUCUGAA